AUGAACCCAGCCAGAAAGAACAAGAUUGACCUAGACAAACUAACAGAGGAGGAGAAAAAAAUUUUCCGUAUGUAUGGCAGGUUGCCAACUGGAAAAGAUAUCUUGAGCCAUAAAUCAAAGGAACGGAAAUAUUUUGACUCUGGUGAUUAUGCGCUUACAAAAGCUGGAAGAACCCAGGGGCCUGUUGGUGUUCAGCACCCAUCUCCUGAUAAUAUUCCUCAUGCAAAUGCUAUCGCGGCAACUACUCAUAAUUCUUCACCUGUAAAAGAAAGUUCCUUAGUACAUGAAGCAGAACUUGAUGAUAAAACUGUGGAUUCUGAUGUACAGCCAUCAGAUUCAAAUAAUUCAAAUAAUACAUCCACUCCUUCUACAUGUACAGUAACCUUGGCUAAUGUUACCACAUAUAAGAAAGCAAUGAGUGAAUCUGAAGAUCAAAUUCUCAAAUUAAAGAAAAUGUCAAGAGAAAGCUUAAAGAUCGAACAAGAUCCUAUAGGUGAUGAUGAAUAUGUGAUUAAUCGGGCGAAACAAGUUAUGACAAAAAUUCUAGCCAAGCGAUUUAACAAUUGGUGGCAAAAAUCCAAAUUUGGCAUUUGUGUUGAAAGAGCCUCUCUUUAUAUUAAAGAGGAAGUGAACUUUGUCAAUUUGACUUUAAUAAAUUUGAAAAGUUCAGAUAAUGAUAUUCGAAUGCAGAUAUAUGACGCUAAAGGACCCCUAUUACAGAAAAUUUCUGCUAAUGUCAUGAUUCGUCAGGCAGCAACUGAAU